AUCCCCUCGUUUUCUCAAUUGUCCAAACCGUCAACUAAGGCUGUCUCUCACUAAAAACUUUCCAAUUUUUUUUCUUUCUAGAUUUUCUGAAAUUAAGUAAAGUUGAAUUUUUUGGUUGGAAAUCAUUUUUUAAAAAAUUGGAUUUUUUUUUUUUUUUUUUAAAUUUUCAGUUUGUUUUGAAUCGAAAUUUGAACUCCACCUUCCCAAAAUUGAGCUUUUUCUGGUGGAGGUGGUAGAUUCAACAGCUUGGUUUUCAACAGUUUGAAAAGAAUAAAAGCAAAAAAAUAAAAAGAACAAAUAAAUCCAAGCUUUGAGUGGUUGCAUUUUAAUGGUUGAAGUCAAAAGCUCUGUUUGCUUGAUGUGAAAACUCAAGAGAAAGCAAACAGUGAAAUAGAAAGAAGAUUAAGAGUGAGUUUUAGGAUUUGAACGCUUUACAGUAAGUGGGAAAUUUGCAUUUUCAUUUAUUUUCUUUCUGGUUUUUUUUUUUUUUUUUUUUUUUUUUUGUUUGUGGUCCAAAAAAUUUAGUUUAAAACUAAAAAGCUCUGUAUUUGCACUUGAAAGUGAACGAUAAAUUGGGUUUUAAAAUCGAACCGAAAGCUGAUUCGAUUUGCAGAGUUUGUUUUUUGGAAUUUGAAAUCUGGAAGCAUUUUAACAGAAGCUUACUCAAAAAGUCGAUUUUGUUUUCUUUUUAUUUGGUUGCUAAUUUAUACCAAUCAAAUUAGAUAUAUAUAUAUAUAUACACACACACACAUACAUACACAAUCUGUUCUAGCUAGCGUUGAAAGUAGUGAGAGAUGGCGUUGGAAAUAGAUUCAAUUUUGGGAAAAUGGUUGGGUUUGAAUACCACCUCUAGCCACACUGCGGUUGCCUCAACCAACCUUUUCGUUGCGCUUCUUUGCGCUUGCAUUAUUGUUGGUCAUUUGCUUGAAGAAAAUCGAUGGAUUAACGAGUCCAUUACAGCACUCUCAAUUGGACUGUGCACUGGAGUUGUUAUAUUGCUUUCAACUGGAGGAAGAAGCUCGCAUUUAUUAGUAUUCAGUGAAGAACUUUUCUUUAUUUAUCUGCUUCCUCCUAUCAUUUUCAAUGCCGGGUUCCAAGUGAAGAAGAAGCAUUUUUUUCGCAACUUCAUGACUAUAAUGUUGUUUGGUGCUAUUGGCACUCUCAUAUCUUUUGGCAUCAUUUCCUUAGGUGCUAUACACUUCUUUCAGAAAAUGAAUAUUGGUUCUCUGGACAUUGCAGAUUAUCUUGCAAUUGGAGCAAUCUUUUCAGCAACAGAUUCUGUUUGCACCUUGCAGGUGCUUAAUCAAGAUGAGACACCUUUGUUAUACAGUCUGGUUUUCGGGGAAGGUGUAGUAAAUGAUGCCACAUCGGUAGUGCUUUUUAACGCGAUUCAAAGCUUCGACCUCUCUCAUAUCGGUUCAAGCAUUGCUUUGCAAUUUGUUGGAAGUUUUUUUUAUUUGUUCAUCACAAGUACAUUGCUAGGAGUACUUACUGGACUAGUUAGUGCAUAUAUUAUUAAAAGGCUCUAUUUUGGCAGGCACUCUACCGAUCGUGAAGUUGCUCUAAUGAUACUCAUGGCUUACUUUUCAUAUAUGCUAGCCGAACUAUUUUCUUUAAGUGCCAUUCUCACCGUAUUCUUUUGUGGAAUUGUUAUGUCUCAUUACACAUGGCAUAAUGUGACAGAAAGUUCAAGAGUGACAACUAAGCACGCUUUUGCUACUCUAUCAUUUGUUGCUGAGAUCUUCAUCUUUCUUUAUGUUGGCAUGGAUGCCUUGGAUAUUGAAAAGUGGAGAGUUAUAAGCAAUAGUCCUGGAAAAUCAAUUGGAGUAAGUUCGAUAUUGUUGGCACUGGUUCUUGUUGGAAGAGCAGCCUUUGUUUUCCCUUUGUCUUUCCUAUCCAACUUGACUAAAAAGUCUUCAUUUGAGAAAGUCAACAUAAAGCAACAAUUUACAAUUUGGUGGGCUGGUCUUAUGCGUGGUGCUGUUUCCAUGGCACUAGCUUAUAAUCAGUUUACAAGGUCGGGGCAUACUCAAUUGCGCGGAAAUGCAAUGAUGAUCACAAGUACUAUCACAGUUGUUCUUUUUAGCACAGUGGUAUUUGGGUUGAUGACAAAACCACUUAUUAGGAUAUUGCUUCCUUCAUCAAAACACAUAAGUGGCAGCAUGAUUUCUUCUGAACCAUCGACCCCGAAAUCCUUAACAACUUCUCUACUAAGCAACGGACAGGAUCCAGAGGCUGAUCCUGCAGGCGAUCAGAAUGUGUAUAGACCAACCAGUUUGAGGAUGCUCCUAUGCACACCAUCUCACACAGUCCACCAUUAUUGGAGAAAAUUCGAUAAUUCUUUCAUGCGACCAGUUUUUGGCGGUCGGGGUUUUGUACCCUUUGUUCCUGGUUCACCUACUGAACAGGAUGUUCUUCAAUGGCCACCUCAAUCAGAAUGAAUUUCAAAAUCAAAACAUAUAUAAUAAAAUUUUAAAAAAAAAAAAAAAAAAAAAAACACAGCACUAAUUUAGGAAAGUACAGGAUGGGGCAUAGAAAUGGCGUUUUAAUGUGUGGGUUUCUUUUAAAUUUUUUCUUCUUUUAUGUAUAGGAUUUGCUGAAGAGAAGGUUUGGUGACCAAAAUUUGAUUCAGCGUGGGCUGCUACUGCUUGUGUUUUUUCGGUUUUGCGGGGUGAUUAAAAAAUUUUCGUGUUCAUAGGCUACUAAUAUGUUCUGUGCCUCUGAUUGGUUUUUUUGUAAGAGGUUGGUUGACAAAUUUCUAAUUUCAGAUGAUUUGAUUUGUUAUUAAAUGAAGUUUCUGAGUUUGAUUACUGCCUUUUUGAUUCUUUGUUUUAUAAAAACAAAUUUUCGCAAUUGUGGCAGUCCCAAAAUGGUUCAAAGCUUUAUAAAAAUCACACACCAGAAUCUGAUUGCCACGUAAAUCUUAGACUUUUGCUCUUAGAAACAUUCAAUUGGAUACGUCUAAAUCAAUUCAUGAAGAAAAAACCAAUCCAUUCUAUAAUGUCUCGAUUUCAUGGCUUAAAAAAAAAACAAAAAAAACAAAAGUUCUUAUCUUCUAUGCAUGGAUUACUGGACAAGGUACCCAAAUGCCAAGCUGAUGAUAGCAAUCAUAAAGGCGUAGAGGACAGGGAAGCCCACCUGCACUUGUCCCACAUUGUUUUUCCUCAGACUUUCCUGCAAAGACGAAAUUAGAAUCAAUAUUUUGUAGGUAGGACACUUGAAAAAAGAUUAAGAGAAAACGAACAGGAAAGAGCCCUGCAUUCUUCUUUCUUAAAACACAUCCAAAACUAAAGCAAAAAUGAAAAAACUACUUCUAUAAUUUAAAUUUUUUUAAUGUUUAAGCAUAACUUUCUCUCGAGUGUUCACGCUUCUCUCUUCUGUCAUCUUCAAGAUAGUAUGUUUCGCAUAUGUCCUAUAUUUAGCAACACCAGGGUUUUAUCUAAGUAUUUAUUUAUUUUUUCUACUUAUUUUCUUUUCCCUAAAUAUCUUAGUUUUUUUCAUCCAAAUUAUUUUUAAAAAAGAGUAACCAAAAAAAGUAAAAUUUGUGUGUAUAAACUCUUUUAUUUUAUUUUUUUUAAUAUGUAAAACUGUUUUGAAUCCAAUCUGUGCAUGCAUGCAAAACACACGAGCGGUCAGCAUGAUCUCUUCCUAACCAUUGACCCCGAAAUCCUUAACACAACUCCUCUAUCCAGGUACUCAGAAUGUGUAUUAUACACCAACCAGUUUGAGGAUGCUCCUAAGCACACCAUCUCACAAUGUCCACCAUUACUGAUGAAAAUUCGAUAAUUCUUUCAUGCAACCGGUUUUUGGUGGUAGGAGUUUUGUACCCUCUGUUCCUGAUUCACCAACCGAGCAGCAUGAUCUUCCUGCUUGUGUUUUAUUUGGUUGUGCCAGGUGAUUAAAAAAAUUUCGUGUUCAUAGGCUAGCGUAUUGUGCCUUUGGUUGGUUUUUGUAAGAGGUUGCCUGACAAAUUUAUAAUUUCAAAUGAUUUGAUUUGCUAUUAAAUGAAGCUUCUGACUUCGAUUAUGGCUUUUUGAUUGUUUGUUCUGCAUCGUUUUUUCUUUUCUUCUUCUUCUUUUUUUUUUUUUUUUCUUCCCGUACAAUCAAAUUUGUAAAUUAUUCCACACUGAAUCUGAUACAUAUGCAAAUACUUUCCAGCAUAAUCUUCCAUUAACAAAAUUACUAAAAAUUAUUUUUGUUUGGUCCAUAUAUUACACAUCAAAUUGAAAAGGGGG